AGCAGGCGGCGCUGUUACUACAGUAAGCUUCACUCGCCCGUUAGAGCCUUUCUCUCCAUCCGUGAUGGCGGAGGACAGCGAGUCUGCGGCCAGCCAGCAGAGCCUGGAGCUGGACGACCAGGACACCUGCGGCAUCGACGGAGACAACGAAGAGGAAAAUGAACACACACAAGGGAGUCCUGGUGGAGACCUUGGUGCGAAGAAGAAAAAGAAGAAACAGAAGAGGAAGAAAGAAAAACCUAGCUCAGGAGGAACCAAGUCUGAUUCUGCCUCUGAUUCUCAGGAGAUAAAGAAUCCAGCCAUUCCCAUGCAGAAGCUGCAGGACAUUCAGAGGGCGAUGGAGCUGCUGUCUACGUGUCAAGGACCUGCCAAGAACAUAGACGAGGCCACUAAGCACAAGUACCAGUUCUGGGACACUCAGCCUGUCCCUAAGCUCAACGAGGUGGUGACCACCCACGGGCCGAUUGAGCCGGAUAAGGAAAAUGUCCGACAGGAGCCAUAUUCCCUCCCGCAAGGUUUUAUGUGGGACACACUGGAUCUCAGCAAUGCUGAAGUGCUGAAGGAGCUGUACACGCUGCUGAAUGAGAAUUACGUUGAGGAUGAUGACAAUAUGUUCAGAUUUGACUAUUCUCCUAACUUUCUCAAAUGGGCACUGCGCCCGCCUGGCUGGCUGCCUCAUUGGCACUGUGGCGUGAGAGUCUCAUCCAACAAGAAGCUGGUGGGCUUCAUCAGUGCCAUUCCUGCUGACAUCCACAUCUACGACACGUUAAAGAAGAUGGUAGAGAUCAACUUCCUGUGUGUGCAUAAAAAGCUUCGCUCCAAGCGUGUAGCUCCGGUUCUGAUCCGAGAGAUCACGCGCCGGGUCAACCUAGAGGGCAUUUUCCAGGCGGUCUACACCGCUGGGGUGGUACUGCCCAAACCUGUCUCCACAUGCAGGUACUGGCAUCGCUCUCUCAACCCAAGGAAGCUUGUAGAGGUGAAAUUUUCCCACCUUAGCAGAAACAUGACACUACAAAGAACCAUGAAGCUCUACAGGUUACCUGAUAGUACGCGCACUCCUGGGUUGAGGCCGAUGGCGGCUGGUGAUGUGCAGCAGGUGACGGCGCUGCUGCAGAAAUACCUGAGCCAGUUCCACCUGCAGCCCGUCAUGGGGGAGGAGGAGGUGCAGCACUGGUUCCUCCCGCAGGAGAACAUCAUCGACACAUACGUGGUGGAGGGUUCUGGUGGCACAUUGACUGACUUCAUCAGUUUCUACACGCUGCCGUCCACAGUGAUGCACCACCCGCUGCACAAAAGCCUAAAGGCAGCUUACUCUUUCUACAACGUGCACACGGAGACACCGCUGAUAGAUCUGAUGAACGAUGCGCUCAUCCUUGCAAAACUGAAAGGCUUUGAUGUUUUUAAUGCUCUGGAUUUAAUGGAGAAUAAGACUUUCCUGGAAAAGCUCAAGUUUGGAAUUGGAGAUGGGAACCUUCAGUAUUACCUUUAUAACUGGAAAUGUCCCGGUAUGGAGCCUGAGAAGGUUGGCCUCGUGCUACAGUAACCAGCUGCUACAUUCAGGUCCACGGGACACGGGCGGUAGUUAAAACAAAACAUGAAGAAAAUCCAUUCAGUGAAUGAGUUCCAUCGUGCAGCUCUCUUAGGUCUCAUUUUUGUUAUGAGAGAUUCUCUCGUUAAUUUUUCCUCUCUAAAUAUCGGCAGAAUGUGAAAAGCAUCAGCUUCAGACUGUCUUCUUCAUACUGUAUACACAAUUCUUUUCUUAAGACAUGCAUCAACUAUUGUUUUUUUUUUUUUUAAAAAUGCACAUACAAGAUAGACAAGCGCACGUCUUUCAGAUGAUCGGUUAACUCCCUCAAGCCCUUUUCCUUUAUUUUGUUCCGAAUCAGUGUGAAAGAACUAGAACCUGUAUAGUUAAUAUGCGAUAUUUAUUACGUGUUGUGGUUUACAAAGGGGCUGAGAAAGAGGGCAGGGUCACAUCCAAAGUCUUUACCGUGGAACUCUGAGUAGUUCUGGCUCUCUGCUGGGUUUUGCUGCAUACAUGUAAAGAAUGUAUCACUUUUUUUUUUUUUUCCCCCGAAGCACAACAUGCUCUUAAUAGAGCUUGGAUGCUCUAGUGCAUGUUGAAGAUGAUUUAUCCUUUGUGUUUUGUGUUUAGUGUUUAGGUCAUGAGUGUGUGCAAACCUAGAAGAAUGUGAAGCCUCGUUUUAAAUUUUGUUCACUCCGCAGUGUUUAGUCUGUUAUUUCAAACAAUUCUGAUAUUUAGAAUUGUAUUUAAGUUAUAUAUAUGUAUCAUUCGUCAAUCGUAAGGACAAACGUUCAGUGAUACAUUUGCCGGCAUGUGCUGGGAAUUUUCACACACAAGCACAAAAGAAGCAGACGAGACGAACAAUCACGUGCGCAUCGUCACUUUGAUGAUUGCGCAGUCUUUCUAGCUCCGCUUUCCCUGUGCUUCUGGUUAUAUGCAGCUGAAAACUUGCUCAUUACUUGAUUUAAUCGCUGUUACAUGGGACUUUCAAAAAAAAAAGAAAAAAAAAAAAAGCUUUUUUUAUA